UUGGUGAAAACGUGUUUCACCGCGACUGCAUCGCGUCUGCUACAUCAGGAAUGUAGACAAAAUAGGCCCCUCUCAUGGCAUCACAUUUAACGAAUGGCCCACUAUCGCACCUGAUGCCUCACCCAAACCACCAUGGCCACCGAUGCCACGCCCGACCCGUUCCGCCGAUCCGCCAAAGCCCACGACCAUGAAGAAUGCCAAGCUUUGCGAGACGAGUGGAUCGCGAGUGCAACACAAUGGCGAGCCUAUGCCAUGAGAACCGAGCACGCCGUGAAGAAAUGGGCAGAGAGGGCCAGGAGCUGGAGAACAGCGGCCAAAACCCAACGAAGGGACAACGAGCGGUUGAGGAAUGAGCUGGAGAAUGAGCGUCCAGAAUUGGAGGGUCUCAAGCAGCUUGCAGAAGAUGGUCAGCGAGAAGCCGACCUCUGGAGGACACAAGCGCUGGCCAAGGCUGACCAAGUCAAAGAGCAGCGGCAGCAGAUAGAAGAGUUGGAACAGCAGAUCAAGGACGUUGAGUCGCACUACCAGAAUCUGAACAGCGAUAUGAUAGUGUCGUGCUCUCCCAUACGGCGGCAAUUGAUCGAGUCGGACGCAUGCCUGGAGGGUCCAAGGCUAAGCCAUGAAGAGGACAGCAGCCUGAUUGUCCGAAACGAAACUGCAUCCGUGGCGAUCACAAAAGCACUCAACGACGCCUUUUGCACAUACAGGGCGCUUUUCGAAGAAGAGAAGACAAAGGUGUCCCAACGUGCAAGGGGACAGACGCGCCUCCAACGCCUUCUCGAUAUCGAGCGUGUUCGCUGCCGCGAUCUAUCAAUCAAGCAUGGCUUGCUCGACUCAGAACAAUACACAUCUGUUGAAAGCGAGACUGAGGACGUAUGCAAUGGAUGCGAAGCCGUGCAGUGCGAGAGCGACGACGCCAAAGUCCAGAUGGAUAGGCUGCAAACGGAUACCGAUCGAUUACAGGAAUGUAUCGAGAACAGCCACAACCUCGCCAUCGACGAAGAGUCCGCAUCAUCGAUUGAGACAUUGAAAGACAAGCUUCACCAGCUCGAGCAACGCCUUGAGAUCAUAGCGGCGGCAGCAGCAGAUCUCGCGGAGAAUCACCUUUCCCAUCUCCAGAGCUGCCUCGACGCUGCCCGAGAACGCCGCUGCGAUGCAUUCUACAAAUUUGUCGAAAAACGAGGUGGCAUUCAGAUACUGCUUCGGCCCAGGUGCAGUACCUUCUGCGACAAGAUCAGGUUCGACACUACGAAACACCUGGUCUACAUCGCCAAGGAGAACAAGCGAACCAUGCAACUACAAGACAGCUUCACAACGUACACAUUUGACCGAGUCAUGGAUCCUUCAGUCAGCAACGAUUGGCUGUGGUUAGAAGAGAUCAAGCCACUCAUUGAAAAUGUUUUCCGCGGCUCCAGCGCUACUCUCCUUGCGUAUGGCCAGACUGGGAGCGGGAAGACAUACACAAUGUGCGAGCGCCCAGACUCAAUGAUUCCGCUGACCAUUGCUCGAGUAUUCGCGGAAAAGCAAGAGCUAGAAGCCACUGGAGGUCGGCUCGACGUUAACUUUUCUGCCGUAGAGGUGUAUCUCAACAACAUACACUACCUCUGUCACAAUCAGAAGAAAAACCCGCAAGUGGUUUUAAAGCGGCAAACUAGCAAAGGGCCUUACGUUAUGUUCAACAAGACUGGCGAUAACAGAGUUCGUAACAAUGAGGAGUCUAUUAACCCUGUUUCCGUCAAGACCGAAGCAGAGUGCUUCAAGUUAUUCGAGAUGGCUGUCGGCAAACGCGAGACACGAAAUAUGAUCAAACACGGCGGUCUCAAUAACAGCUCUUCUCGCAGUCAUAUGGUAUGUACUCUCCACCUGAACAUCUGCGUCCCAGGUCACGAAGGAUUACAGCCAUGCAUUCAGCUGGUCGACCUUGCUGGCUCCGAGGAAGUUGCUGCAAACAACAUUGAAGUUCAGAAGGAGGGCAUAGACAUCAACCAAUCUCUCAAUUACCUCGUCGACCUUCUGCAUGAUAUCCGGAAACGCAGUGCAGCAAUGAAGAGAGGGGUACUCCGAGAAAAGUUACCCAUUAUCCGUGAUAGCAGGUGGACGUCCAAGGCUAUAACACAUGCCCUACACUUGGGCAUGUCGCAAGACAUGCCCUUGAUCGCGUUCAUGGCGACUAUGCAUACCCAGCACGUAAAGGAAGGAGAAAGGACAUGCUGCAAUGCUGGGAAGAUUGUUGGCAACGAGGCUAGGAUCGAGAGACUCACUCCGGGUGAAGGGCUACAGUCAUUGAACGUGAGGAUCGACUCGGCUGCAUCUUCGAGAAGAAGCACCUCCUCCAUGUCGGACUACAGCACCUCGGCGGUGGCGUCGAAUGUCCCCGUGCUGAGGGCAAAGCCGGCACAGCCUAGAAGGCGUCUUUAGCCGUGAGAAGCAUAGUUGAUAGUGGAGUAUGUAUGUGCAAAAGCAAUUUGAGUCAAGAAUCUG